GUUCCCGCCCCUCUUGUUCCCGACCUGCCACGUACUGGGCCCGAGCUCUCGCUGGGCUUGGUGGGUCCGCGCGAUUGGACAGGGCCUGCGCGAGCCUGCGAGCGAGGUGCGGCGGCCACGGAGGACAGCCGAGUGGGCCUUGGCCUCAGCCUCUCCCGUACGCUGCAGAGCCCGGCUGCGGAGACCCGCGGAGGGGCGGCAGGGACGGCCUUGGCGAGCUGUCUUUCUUUAGAGUUGUCUAUAUAGAACAUCCUGGAGUCUACCAUGAAUGGACAGUUGGACCUAAGUGGGAAGCUAAUCAUCAAAGCUCAACUUGGAGAGGAUAUUCGACGAAUUCCCAUUCAUAAUGAAGAUAUUACUUAUGAUGAACUAGUGCUAAUGAUGCAAAGAGUUUUCAGAGGAAAACUUCUGAGUAAUGAUGAGGUUACAAUAAAGUAUAAAGAUGAAGAUGGAGAUCUUAUAACAAUUUUUGAUAGUUCUGACCUUUCCUUUGCAAUUCAAUGUAGUAGGAUACUGAAACUGACAUUAUUUGUUAAUGGCCAGCCAAGACCCCUUGAAUCAAGUCAGGUGAAAUAUCUCCGUCGAGAACUGAUAGAACUUCGAAAUAAAGUGAAUCGCUUGUUGGAUAGCUUGGAACCACCUGGAGAACCAGGACCUUCCUCCAGUAUUCCUGAAAAUGACACUGUGGAUGGUAGGGAAGAAAAGCCUGCUGCUUCUGAUUCUUCUGGAAAACAGUCUACUCAGGUUAUGGCAGCAAGUAUGUCAGCUUUUGAUCCUUUAAAAAACCAAGAUGAAAUCAAUAAAAAUGUCAUGUCAGCAUUUGGCUUAACAGAUGAUCAGGUUUCAGGGCCACCCAGUGCUCCUACGGAAGACCGUUCAGGAACACCCGACAGCAUUGCUUCCUCCUCCUCUGCAGUUCACCCACCAGGAGUUCAGCCGCAGCAGCCGCCGUAUUCAGGAGCUCAGACACAAGCAGGUCAGAAUGAAGGUCCAAUGUACCAGCAGUAUGUGCAGCAGGCCGGGUAUGGCGCCCAGCAGCCGCCCCAGCAGUAUGGUGUUCAGUACUCAGGGAGAGGAUGGUGGUGAGAAGGAGACUAUAUACUUACUAGAAGCAUUGCCGCAUUAUGAUGAAAGACUAGUAGGUUACUUUUGAAGCAGCAUCUUUGGCCUUUAGGGGUUAUUCUCUCUCUUGAGAAAUUACUAAGGAUCUGGUUCUUUCCAGACUCAGUUAAAAAGCCAGUUUAGAUUUCAGCUGCCAGGUUGAACAGGCAGCUUUCUUUUUGCUUUUCCUUACAGUCUUAAAUAGACAUUUUCAGAAUAAAGCUGAGUCCUUCUGUUUCUCCAAAAACAGAGUAAAAAAAUUAAGGAAAAACAUCCUGUGACAUUAAAGAUUUUAUCAUGAAUUGACUUUAGUUAAAUAAUUCAGAUGCUACCAUAAGUAAAAUGCAUUAGGUACUUGAUUUACUUAUUAAAGCUAAGCUUGUUCUUAAUGAUUUUAGUGAGGUUUUCACUCUGAGUAAAAUUUACUUCUUUUCAAGUUACUGUCUUUGUAUUUCUGAUCCCAUUAGUCCUAUUAACUUGAAUUUGAUUGGGAGAUAUGGAGAUAGUCAACUAAAUACUCUGGAGACUGUAAGUGGUGGUGGUAACAUUGGAACAUUUUUGACACUGUUGGUUUGGCAGUUUCCCUCUGACCUUUUCCAGUUUUAUUCAUGGACUAUGUCGAAAAGGUUUCUUUCAUGAGUAAAUUUUGAACCCAGGUUCAAGGUGAGUUCAGAAUAUACUCAAAUUCAUUCAAUCCUUUUUUUUUUUAAUGCAGGGUUGUACAUAUUUUAAUAAUCUUCUUAUGUAUCUGGUAUUUAAUGCUGACAGGAUUCCAGUCAAUGGAGAGGUUUCAUUGCAAGUAGCUGCAGGUGUGUUUCAUGGUAGAGAUAAAAGUUUUUAGUGAAGCAGACUUUUUCUUUUAAAAAAUGUACAUCCUAGUAAAUAAUGAAUAUAGAUGUUGAUCUUGUGGGGCAAUAUGGUAUGAUUUUUAUGUUAUGUCGGUACUGCCAAGUCAAAGUUUUGACUUGUAAAGGCAAAAACAUCAGGUACCAAAUCUAAAAAUACCUAAAAUAUCUUUAGGAUUGUGAAAAUGGGUAUUUAAUGUUUAUUCUUAAAUGGCUUAGUUUUUAUACAGUGAAUAAACCUCAUUAAGGGCAAUAAGAUGUAUUUGUAGCACCAUUAUUUCAUUUAAAAAUAAUCAUUCUCUUACAUGUGUUUUUAUUUGAUAGUGCUGUUAAAUAGGCCUCCCCUCAAAACCAGGUUAAUGACUAGUUUUUGCAUUAAUUCCUGCAUUGGUUUGAGCAUCUCUGUCCUAGAAGUUAUGCUAGAAUAGGAAUAUUCUCCUAGGAGUUACGUAGUGUAGAGCAGUUGUAAUGAAGAAAUAUAUAUAUAUAGUGGUUUCAACUUAAUAUUAGAGGAUUUAAAAAAUUGUUUAGAAAAUGCCUCUUUGAUACUACUUGGUUUUGAAAUAUUAUAUAAUGGAAUCUACUAUUCUAGUUGUUACAAUAACACUUAAGAAUAAGUUUAAAUGUCUCAUCAUUUUUGGUCCAUAACAGUAAGACUAAUUCUCGGGAAAUCUUUCCCCAAAAGAAAAAUAAG